AAAUAGCGACACAGUGAAAAAUUCACAUAUAAGGAAAAAGGAAAAUGAAAAGCAAAAAUAAUUAACCAGAACAAGCGCCUGCUGCUACUGUCUCUCCGAGAUUUGAGGUCACUCCAUUUUGUGCUGAGCUGCGAAACUCUUCCGCCAUGACUCUUCAAGCCGCUUCUUGCAGCUUCGCCGGCGUUUCUUCCUUCGCCUCUCCGCCUACAACAGCCCCCCGCCGUCAUCGCCACCAUGCCCGCACCACCGUAGUUCGCGCCGAAGCUGUGGAUCCCGCGGAUAAGUCGGUCGAGAUAAUGAGGAAGUUCUCGGAGCAGUACGCCCGUAGGUCGGGGACUUACUUCUGCGUGGAUAAGGGAGUCACUGCCGUUGUGAUUAAGGGAUUGGCGGAGCAUAAAGAUUCAUUGGGUGCGCCUUUGUGCCCUUGUCGGCAUUAUGAUGACAAAGCUGCAGAAGCAGGGCAGGGAUUUUGGAACUGUCCUUGUGUCCCCAUGAGAGAGAGGAAGGAGUGUCAUUGCAUGCUUUUUCUCACCCCAGAUAAUGAUUUUGCCGGCAAGGAUCAGGUGAUCACCUUGGAGGAAAUCAAGGAAGCAACAGCCAAUUUCUAAUCUGAUUCGCUUAGGGAUAUCGAUAUGCGAGUAAUGUGAAAAAGCUGACCGCACUUGUCAUUAUAUUGUAUACGAGUAUUAUACUACUUGUUAUGAGAGGAGCAAUGUAGAUUGUAUGGCCACCUAAUGCUUGUAUUCAAUUUCUCCUGCAUCUCAUUCUUUCACCCCUUUCUUUCGGUUUUGCUCCUGCUGGAAUUGGGGAGGCGCAGUCUGGCAGUCGAGUUCUUGUCCAGUACCAGAAAUGCCAAGUUAUGGUGCCUUUUGCCCUUGGUGGAUGUGAAUAGUUCCUCAGUUUGAUGAAUUCAAACUGAGAAAGGAAAAAUAAGAGAACGACUUCUCUCGCCUCAUUGUACAACAUGAGUUGGAAUACACAAUUAUCUUUAACAAGGAUGAAAUUCAAACUUCUGGGCUUGGUUACAUGGACUUGUCCAUUCUCUACUAUUCAAUACUAGUGCUCCUUGGGUGAUAGGAGGUUAAAACUUAAAAGUUGAGAAAGGUUUAUGUGUUCGGAUGUGUGAUUCAAAUAGAAAGGAAAAUACUUUUUAGAGACAAAACACUGA